CCUUGAAUCUGCAUACAUCGCUCUCCAUUGCCGAUUCGAUCGUCCAUCGUUGUACAUACACAGCCCACAUGUUGUACACAUGAAAUCGCAUCACCAUGGCUGAUGCACGGCCACCAACGUCUGCCAGACCCGUGGAACAACCGCUGAACCUCAUCCCCGUCGGCCUCAAAGAAGCCGCGCUCGACUCGCCCACCUUCCGCGCCUCCUCCCUCCAUUUCGAAGAACAGGUCGACAUCAUCGAACGAUGGCUCGACGGCUACGUUCGCGCGGCCUCCAAACUCGUCGCGGACAUUGGCAACCUCGAGUCCACGGUCAACUCCUUCCUCACCCAUAGCGCUCCGCCCGCACACAUCAGCGAGGCGGUGCUGGACCAUGACUACACUCUCCUAGCGGUCAGGAGAUAUGGCGAGGGCGCGAGGGAGUUUUGGAACCAGACCUUCCGCUCGUGCAAGAAGUACGAGAGUACCGUUGUCGAGCCCAUCCGGGCAUUUCUGUCUUCGGAUCUGCGGAGCUUCAACAUGACGAGGAGGAGCUUGGAGUCGGCGCAGAAGUACUUCGACGCCGUGCUCGCGCGCUACUUGGGGCAGAAUAAGACGAAAGAGGCGAGUUCGCUGCGAGAAGAUGCGUUUCAGCUGCACGAGGCGCGCAAGGCGUACGUCAAAGCAAGCAUGGAUUUCUGCGUUGCGGCGCCGCAGCUGCGUGCGACGCUGGAUCAGGUGAUUGUGAAGGUUUUUGCGGAGCAAUUCAGGGACAUGAAGAACGGGAGGGACGCGAGCGCGGCGACGUUUACCAAGUUGAGCGCGGAGAUGGACCGGGUACGGGGGUGGAGUAGGGAGAUGGAGAAUUCGGAGCGUGCGUUCACGAGAGAACUGCUGGCGGCGAAGAAGCAGAUUGAGGACAGUGCGUUGGAUCUGACGAAGCCGAGUCGAGAAUUGCACGAUUACGAACUGGCUUCUCUGCCGUAUGCUGCGGCCACGACGCCCGCGAAGACAGCGGGAAGUGAGCGUGGCGAGAAGCAGGGCUGGUUGUUCCUCAAGACACUAGUUGGCAAGCCGACAAAGACGAUCUGGGUGCGGAGGUGGUUCUUCGUCAAGAACGGGAUCUUUGGUUGGCUCGUGCAAGGAACAAAGUCUGGUGGCGUGGAAGAGAGCGAGAAGACCGGUGUGUUGCUGUGUGGAAUCCGGCCGGCUUUUCAGGAGGAAAGACGAUUCUGCUUCGAGGUCAAGACGAAAGACACGAGCAUUCUCCUGCAAGCUGAGACGCAGGCCGAGCUAUCGGACUGGAUCACGGCCUUUGAAUUCGCGAAACGAAAGGCCUUGGAGGAUCCCGCGAGCACCGAUAUGUCUGCGCAUUCAGCAGGUGUUGACCCGGCGUUUGCCAUCACUCAACCGAUCGCGCCCGAAUUCGCUGCCGCCAAAAUUUCUGACUCGGAGCACCGCAGUGAAGACGGAUUUGGGGGUUUGCUUGGUGGUGCGCCAGAGCCAACAGGUCUUGGGAUUCAGCAGCGUGCGAGCAUGGACCCCGGUGCCGCCCGGCGAGUCGUCAGCAUCGAUGCAGAAAGCACCAGAGACCGCCUCAUGCAAAAGUUUGACUUGCACAAGCGACCUGCCAACGGCUCACAAUUACCUCAGAUGCCUCCGCCCGCGGGAGGAAUUGCAAGCUUGAUAUCGUCGAGCCAUCAUGCCCUACCAAUUGCUCCUGCUGCGCCACCGCCUGUGGGUGCGGCGGGAGAGGGCCAAGCUGCUGCUGGAGCUGCGCAGAGAAGAAAGGUCACUCUAACGCUGAGUACGCUUGCGCCCAACUCUCUGGCUAACCCCCCGGCACCCACGAAUCUCAGUCACACGGCUGUGAUCGUGAGUGGGGAGCGCAAUGUGAGUCUCGGCGGCAGAGCAGAUGGGAGUGGUAUGCCGGGGGGUAUUAUGGCGAACUUAUGGGGCAGUAGUAACUGGGGCUAUGUGAACCGACUGGGUGAUGAUGUGCCCAAGCCGGUAUCCCAAAGUACCGAAGCUCGUCCGCCGACGCCUGCUCGCCCGGUACCCACCUCUAUCGACGAUGUCGGGGUCAUGGAUGGCACGGGCGAGAUGACGGGGGAGAAGCCUCCACAUGUGGUCCACCCUGCCACCGAGCCUACUCCCAUGGGACAUCGCAAGACGGUCAGUGUUACUGCCUCGACGGACACAAAUCUGCCCGGCCAGCUUGUUCGACAUUCCCUUGCCGGGGCGGAAGAGUACCCCAAUUACUACCCUCUCGCACUCAAGGCUCAGCACGCACAGUUCAAGAUCUUGUUCCCUUCGGUGCCGCGCUCGGAGAAGAUUGUGCUCGUCUUCCGUGCGACAUGGAACCCCAAUGAACAACAGGAAUUUCCCGGGCGCGUCUAUGUCACGACCAAGGAAAUCUACUUUUACAGCCAUCACUUGGGCCUUGUUUUGAUCACGGGAGUCAGCUUGGCCUCCAUCAACGAAGUCACAUCCGCGCCGGGGAAAGACUGCGAUUUCUUGUAUCUGCAUCUCAAGGAGGCAAGCAAACUGGAGGGUCGCAAGCGAAUCACUGUGAAAGUGUUCUUGGACUCGCUCCGCCUGCUUCAACGGCGUCUCAAUUACCUGGUGCAGAAUGCGAACUCGGAUGCCCCAGACUCCUUGGAGGAAGUGAUUAAAACGCUCAUCAAGAUGGAGUCGGAAAAGCACGAGCGCAGCUCCAGCGCGGACAGCUGGGAAGACCUGACCUACGACCCCGAGAGUAGCGCCGUCGGCGGUGAUGAGAACAGUGCUCGCUACCAUCGAGAGCGUAAUAUCAAAGCCAGCCUCCGCAUCGACGGUAGCUUGCAUGGCGAGACGGCCCGAACUGGACGAGAGGUGCAAAAGUUCCAACUGCCUCGACACCCCGUGGCGUAUGCGCCGACAGGUAUGCAAGCCAGCAUCGCGCGCGAAUUCACCGUCAGCGCCAAAGCACUCUUCCACGUCAUCUUCGGCGACAAGAGUGCCGUGUUCCAAUUGCUCUAUUGCAACCGCUGGGGGGACAAGGUCGUGCAAACGCCGUGGGCGAAAAAUGCCGGCGACCACUGGCAGCGCCGCUUCACCAGCUUGACCUCGCCUCUGCAGGAUACACAGACCGUCGACAUCCUCAACGACCAUCUCUGCUAUCUCGUCACCAACAAUCGCGUUCCGUGGCGCCUCCCCUACUCUGACAGAUUCCACCUCACCACCAAGCUGGUCAUCACGCACAUUGCCAAAUCCCGCUCCAAGCUCGCCAUCUACCAGCAAAUCAGCUGGUACCGCAGCCCGUCGGUCCCGUACUUCAAGCGCCUGAUUGAAAAACAAGCCCUUAACACUCUCGAAGCCGACGCGCUUGACCUGACAAACGUCGUCAUGGACCAAGUCGCGAAGCUGGGAAACCACAGCAAAACGAACAAAGCCAUUGAUAUCUUCGGCAACGUUGGGCAGGCAAAUUCCGUACCGCAGCUGAAUGCCGACGCAAUUCCCGCCGUCGCAGGCACCGCUAUUUCCUCCGGCCGCUUGCAGCGCGUGAGCUUGACGAAACUCGUCACCAGCGAUCUCAUGGUCAGCACACUGCAAGGCCUGAGUCUCGUCUUCGAAAGCUUGCUGGGGAUCGGGAAAGGCGCGGUGCGGCUGUGCACAGCGCACACCCUCCUUGUCACUGUUUUCCUCAUCUCAUGCUUGUCCCAUCUCUGGCACGGUUAUCACACCGGCAUGCUGGAAUCGCACGAGCGCAGCGCGGCGCGGUACAUGGCGCGCCUAGGCGUGCGGCCGGACAUGACGCUCGGCAAGUCGAUUUACCUCGCCGACAUCGACGAUCUGGUCGCGCCUACUGCUCCCUCUAUGCAGAACGAGACCUGGGCGGCGGAGUUUGUGUCGGGCUCUUCGUUCGAAGCGCCUCUCACCAUGACGACGACGGCGAAGACUUGCAGAAGCACUUUCGGCGAUCAAUUACUGUCUUCUAUGCCUUCUUCCGGCUCUGUCGGCGCUCGCCUCCAGCGCUCGAGAAACUCGUUGGCGAGGUAUAGACAUGACUUGCUCGUGGCGUUGAGAGUGGUCAAUCGCGUGGAGAAGGACAUUGUGCUGUCCGAGUGGGAAGAGUGGGUGCGGGGGGAAGAGCGGAGGUGCGUGCAGGUCGAGCAGAUGCUGCGAUCUACGGCGGGAGCGAAAGAGGACGGCGACGGCGGUGCUGGCGAGGAGAUUAGUCUGGAGCGACAGUUGGGCGCCGGGUUUGCGGAGUAUUGUGCGAGUUGUCGAGUGGAGCUCGGUGGGAUUAUGAAUGGAACGAAGGUCAUGUGAUGUAGACAUC